UCCCUCCCCUCUGGCUCCCCGCGCGGUGGGGACGGGGUUACUAGCGAACAGCCCCCCAUCCCCAUGCCAGGAUGAACCGGAAGUGUGUGCGCGCGUGAGGGGCGCCGGGGGGGGGGCGUCUGUCUGGCCCGGGUUCUGCGCCUGCGCGGUUGGGUGCCCGGUUGUUGCGCCGCGCCGCGCCGCGGUGGGUGUUUCUCUCUCUCUCUGGGCCCCCGGCCGGGUCUCGGCGGCGAGGCGGGGGCGAGGAUGUGAAGAUGGCGGAGCUGCAGAUGCUGCUGGAGGAGGAAAUCCCGGGCGGGCGCCGGGCCCUGUUCGACAGCUACACCAACCUGGAGCGGGUGGCCGAGUACUGCGAGACCAACUACAUCCAGUCAGCAGAUAAACAGCGAGCUUUAGAAGAAACCAAAGCCUACACAACCCAGUCCUUAGCAAGUGUAGCUUAUCUGAUCAACACUUUGGCCAACAAUGUUCUCCAAAUGCUGGAUAUCCAGGCAUCCCAGCUUCGGCGCAUGGAAUCUUCAAUCAACCAUAUUUCACAAACGGUGGACAUCCAUAAAGAGAAAGUUGCUAGAAGAGAAAUUGGCAUUUUGACUACGAACAAAAACACCUCAAGAACCCACAAAAUCAUUGCACCAGCCAACCUGGAGCGACCAGUUCGCUACAUUAGAAAACCUAUUGAUUACACAAUUCUAGAUGAUAUUGGACAUGGAGUGAAGUGGUUGCUUAGAUUUAAGGUUAGUACACAGAAUAUGAAGAUGGGUGGGCUGCCUCGUACUACUCCACCUACCCAGAAACCACCCAGCCCACCAAUGUCAGGAAAAGGAACUAUUGGGCGUCACUCUCCCUAUCGCACACUGGAGCCUGUGCGUCCUCCAGUGGUACCAAAUGACUAUGUACCUAGCCCAACACGUAAUAUGGCUCCCUCGCAACAGAGCCCUGUUAGAACAGCUUCUGUGAAUCAGAGGAAUCGCACAUACAGCAGUGGGAGUAGUGGAGGGAGCCACCCAAGUAGUCGGAGCAGCAGUCGAGAGAACAGUGGAAGUGGAAGUGUGGGUGUACCUAUUGCUGUCCCCACUCCAUCUCCUCCUAGCGUCUAUCCAGCCCCCGCUGGCUCAGCUGGCACUUCUCCCCUUCCUGCUACCUCUGCACCUGCUCCUUCCCCCCUUGCUCCUGCUCCUGCCCCCUCCGCUGCCCCAGAUGCUGCUGCUGCAGGAGCCCAGCCUCUUGCUGAUGGCUUCACCUCUCCAACUCCCCCUGCUGUUUCUUCCACUCCCUCAGCAGGUCACCCUGUUCAAUUCUACAGCAUGAACAGACCUGCCUCCCGGCAUACACCCCCAACAAUAGGGGGCUCUUUGCCAUACAGGCGCCCUCCUUCCAUCACUUCGCAAACGAGCCUUCAGAACCAGAUGAAUGGAGGGCCUUUUUAUAGCCAGAACCCAGUAUCCCUUGCUCCUCCUCCUCCUUCCAUCCUACAGGUAACUCCACAGUUACCACUGAUGGGAUUUGUGGCCAGAGUUCAAGAAAAUAUUUCAGAUACUCCCCCUCCUCCUCCACCUGUAGAUGAGCCAGUCUUUGAUGAGUCCCCACCUCCACCUCCACCCCCAGAAGAUUAUGAAGAGGAGGAGGCAGCUGUGGUGGAGUACAGUGAUCCUUAUGCUGAAGAGGACCCUCCAUGGGCACCAAGGACCUAUUUAGAAAAGGUGGUGGCGAUUUAUGACUACACAAAAGACAAGGAGGACGAGCUCUCAUUUCAGGAAGGUGCCAUCAUUUAUGUCAUUAAGAAGAACGAUGAUGGGUGGUAUGAGGGUGUCAUGAAUGGAGUGACGGGGCUCUUCCCAGGGAACUAUGUGGAGUCCAUCAUGCACUACUCUGAGUGAAGACUACAGGGUGCAGAGCUGCACCUUGCACCACAGGAACUGUCAGGACUCCUCAGCUCUCCACCAGCCCCUACGGGCCCACCCAAGUGAACUGAAUGAAGGAUAAUUGUAACAAAACCACUCUUGUUUUUUGCUUUUUUCAUUAUACAACAAUAGCGAUUUGAGUUGUUUGAACAAAUGGCUCUUCCAGCUGCCAGCAGUGGCUAUGCCCGACGUUGAAUAAGCUGACCCAUUCAGAUGUAGAUAGUGGAGAUGUAACGAACUUGUUGAGUAGCUGAUACUUGACUAAAAUUCAGACUGAUUCAAGCGUGAUCUGGGAUCUUUCUCAGGAAUACUGUAUGCCCCUGUGCUAUUACCUCUGGCAUUAGUGCCUGGCACCGGGACAUCCGGGAUGCCAGUGCAAAGGGUUAAUGUAACUGGCUAGUGGAAAUCCCUCACUUUUUCUACACUCCCAUGCAGCUGGAAAGACACUUGUGUGCUAGCUAACAUUUGUAUUCCUACACAAAGCAGUUCCUGUAUCUGACUUCCAGAUGGUUCGUUACAUCUUUAACGUAAACACUUCUGCAACUGCUCUGCAUGUGUAGACUGAUGUGGGGGCUCACAGAGCUGGCUUGGGUUCACUUACCUUUCGAUAAUUAAGAUGGAUGCAGCACAGAAGACCUCACCAUUGUGUAAUCUUAGUUCUUUGACUGCCUCAGGUUAGAUCUGUGUUAUGCACUGGUGUAGAAAGUUAUCCCCUUUGGCAUGAGCUCCCAGCCUGCUGGUGCAGAGGGGUUAAGCUGAACACAAAUGCAGUGUGUGGUGCUGAUGGGGGAAAUUAAGUUUAUAGGUUCCUAGGGAGUCUGAGGCUAACUCUAGGAGUUAAGGUUUGAAUCUCUUCGUGCAUGCUUGCACGAGACAGAUUAUUCAUCCUAAAUGUCAGUAUUACGCACAGUGUAAUUUUAAAAGCCAAUCAGGUCUUGUAAAUUGGCUCUUUUUUUACUUUGGUUCCAGAUCUGAGUAUAUGCUGUGACCGCUCUGUGCAGAGGCAGGACAAAGAGCAGUUGUCUUCUUCGGGUCUAUACCAAAAUCUCCUCUCAGUGGAAGUAAAAAGGGCUGCCAUAUGUGUUGGUUUUCCAUGGAAAGCUACGCACGAACUGCUUGUUAUUUUAGAGCUUUUCCCUGCCCCUUCCAGUGUUUAUAUCUUUCAGAGCUAUACGAGCCAGGUGUGACUCACAUACUAUAAAGGUUUCACAUACAUUUGGAGGUUGCUUUUUAAUACAGUCUCAGAUGAAAAUGCCACCACUGGAGUUGGCUUCACAGAUGAGCGUAAAGACCUCAGAACAGUCAUUUGUGCCAGUUUAGGAAGAACUUCAAACAAAAGAGGAGUGUUAACGUAGUUCAUUAACAUAGCAAACUGAUUGACCUGCUGUUGUAGUCCACCUUCUGGAGGAGGGCAACCUAUGUACAUUUAGUCUGAUCUCCCAUAAUAGGGAGCCAUGUUUCUUCCUGAACUAUCAUUAUUUGAGCCCAAGUGAAAUUCCAGCCAGUACCAACAGUAGCUUAUUCAAGUCUAGAUAAUGCUGCAGCAGUCUGCUAAGACGUGUGUGUACAGUGGCAUCUUGCAGGGAGAGUAGUAGAGGGAACUAACUGGAGGCUGGUUUUCCUUCCUUCCUUAGUAAAAAUGUGCACAGUCAAGCCAGUCUCAUAACUCAGUAUCUCGUGCAAUAUCUUGCCAGCGAUGUGCAUUUAGAGCAAGCAGGAACACUUUGGCUAGAUGGGACCUUUGCUAAGCUGUGCAUCAAUCUGAGGGGGCGGGAAAGGAAUGGACAAAUUGUGCAUUUCUUCCUUAUACUCUGGAUAUGAAGUCUCCUUGGAGCUUUUCUGCCUCCUCGUACUCAUUCAUAGCUGGCACUAGAGCCUAGGUGCUGUCAUGAAAUGAAGAAGGAUGUGAAUUAAAGUACAAGAGCUAUUCUGGGCCAUUUUGUCAUGUAAACAAGCCCCAAGGGCAUGUCUGCAGGGCAAGUAUCAGGGGAACCCAUCUGCUCCAAUGCACACGGCUAAAGCCCGCCUGCAUUGUGUAGUGUAAAGGGCGGACCACCCGCUCCUCAGAGCGCUUGAUUAUGGUCCCAUCUACUCUACAAAACAGAUGUGCUUUUUCUGAGCCUGGGACCUCGGUGUUGUAAGUGGCGCCCCGGACCUGGAUAUGCUUGUGCCAUAGACUGGGCACAGAAUCACUAUUCCUUAAACUAGCUGUUUCUAUGGAAACAUGGCUGGUGUGGCGAGCUCACAAAGCAGAGGAGUUGUAGAGGCCAGAAGGUCCUGACCCCUCCCCAUCAGACAAGAUGGUGCAGGCAGCAUAAGCUCCUUGCCACUUACGAGGUGAUUCACCCUGUAGAGCUGCUGUGGAGGGAGUUUCUGGGUCACCUCCUGCUGGUUUGAUGCUUUUUUAUGCAGUACUAAUGUUGUAAAAAACACUUGUUGGGUUUUAUGCAUAUUUUUUAUUUUGUACAGUUUUGAAUUCUGUAGAUUGUCCAGGGAUGAUGCUAUGUCAUGAGCAUAGACCAGGCCCAAAGUAAUCGGAUUUUGUAUGUACUGUUACAUAGACUGCAUGCUAUUAACGUCAGUGAGGGUUGUGGUUCCAGUUCUAUCAUUUAUAAUCCCCAUCUCCUUUUCCCCUUAUAUUUAAAUGGUUACUUCAAAAAGGGGUGGGGGCUUGGGCCAUUGGCAAAACUUGCUAUUCAAAUCGAUGCAGAACUUCUCUGCACGGAGUCCUGCUGCCAAAACUGAAAUGAAGAUGUUACAAGUUACAAGCUGUUGAUCAAGCUGUUUUUCUCUCGCUGUAGGGUGGGUUGGGGGGGUAGGAGAAAGGACACAGCAGCCUAGCCCAAAGCAGACUCUAAAUAGUAAUUCUCCCCCCUCCUGCUUUUUUCCCAUCCACAAACGGGAGGUGGGGGGGGGGGGAAGAAGAGCUAGUCCACCAUUGCCUCUGCCACGGGUGGCAGAGGGUUCGUUGGUGAAGAAAUGGUGCUGUGCAAAGAGGAAGCGCUACUCCCUCCAAAAUAAAGUUGUGAUUUCCUGAAAAAGAACAAAAAUAGUUCCUGCUUCCACCACAAAGCUACACAACGUGCGCACAUUCAACGUGCCAGUCUGGCUACAGCUACAGUGCAGAGAGUCGGUCUGGUACCUGUAACACAGCCAGGGGGAGGCUGGGGGCUUUGGGUCCUGUUUCUUUAAAUACAGAUGUGAAUCCACUGGCUGUUUUUGCUCACAGCUGCUGUUCUCAGAGGAGGAGUACACA